ACCAUGGAGGACAUGCGGGGGGCAUGGGCGCGUGCACGCCCGCUACAUAUCAGUGUCUAUAGCUGGAGACCCCGUGAAGGUGGAAAAGACGUUUUCUGAUUGGCUGUUGAAGAUUGAUCCCCCACUACGUCAAAGUGGACUGUAGACAACACGACCGGAAACGAGUCCUUCAAAGUAACAUAACUGUGUGUACGUUAAAUCGCUAGAAUGAGUACGGAGUGACACAAUCGUAUGAGCAGCGACCAGUUCUCCUCAUCAUUUCCCUGCUGAGCAGCGGGAAGGACGGUGGCGGUCCUCCGGUUGUAACCGUGCCAGUGAGCGGAAGCUGAAGCGCCACGCUGCGUCUAGCUUCACCGCUGGUCCUCGGAAAGAGGAAAGGAUGUGAUUCCAGCCUCCCUCGCGUGCCUCGUCGAACCCAGAAGCGACGCUGUUUGUGCGGGUUCCGUUCUAUCCUCGACAUGGAACCAGGCGGAAAGUAGCGCGGGCCUCCCCUCCUCCUGCCCCUCGCCCUAAACCCGUGGAGGAUGAUCCACCGGCAGGUUCUGCUGUCCCAGGUUUUGGUCUGCUUUGGGUUACCUGGUCAUUAUGCUGAUGCAGCUCUGUAGUUUCAAGAACUUGUAUCAGAACCGGCUCUUGAGCCUGGCUGCAAUGGCCUCCCCCUCCCGGAGUGGCCAGUCCCGGCAGCGCUGCAAGGGCCCAGCUCGUCACAGCUGCGGUCCGGACACAUACGCAGUCAACGGUCUGAACCAGGAGACCUUCAUGCUGGGAUUGCAGCGCUCCACCAGCGACAAUGAUCUGGUCUCACCCGACGCCCGCUCCACACUCACUGUCAGCUCUGCCCACUACACCAUAGGCCAGUCCGAAGAUUUGGUGGUCACAUGGGACAUCAAGGAGGAAGUGGAUGCUGGAGACUGGAUUGGAAUGUAUCUUGUUGAUGAGACUCUUUCCGAAAACUUUCUCGACUACAAGAACCGAGGCAUCAGUGGAUCUCACAAUGGACAAAUAGUUUGGAAAAUUGAGUCCAGCUCCAACUUUAGAAACUCUGAGACCCAGGUCUGUUUCAGGUACUACCACGGUGUCACUGGAGCCCUCAGAGCCACUACACCCAGUGUGACCAUCAAGAAGGGCUUCCCACCUGUACUAAAGCCAGUGGUUAGUCCUGAAGUGAACCACGGACUGGGCAACAGGAGGCUCAUUAACUUUUCUCUGUCAGACAUCCAGGCUGUUGGACUGAAGAAAGGGAUGUUCUUCAAUCCGGACCCAUACCUGAAGCUCUCCAUCCAACCUGGAAAACACAGCAUCUUCCCUUCACUUCCGCAUCACGGCCAAGAGAAACGCUCCAAAGUGGUGUGCAACACAGUCAACCCCCAGUGGAGCUCAGAGCGGUUUAACUUUGUAUCUCUGCCCACGGAUGUCCUGGAGAUUGAAGUGAAGGACAAGUUUGCCAAGAGUCGGCCAAUCAUCAAGCGCUUCCUGGGGAAGUUAUCUGUCCCUGUCCAGAGGCUACUGGAAAAGCAUGCCAUCGGAGAUCGCGUGGUGAGUUACUCCCUGGGUCGUAGGUUGCCGACAGAUCACGUCUGCGGUCAGCUGCUGUUCCGCUUCGAGCUGACGUCUUCGAUUCACCCAGAUGAUGAGGAGGUUUCUCUUGUCAUGGAGCCAGCUUGCAAUGAGGCGGGAACUCCUGCAGAAGGGAACCAUGCAGCUGGGGCAGCAGAGGACGAUACACUAAGUGUGGGUCCCGACAUGCCAGAUCUCCCCCUGGAUGCUCCUCCUGACACCGACACCUCCACACCGGCAGCCCAGACGAAUGAGGAAGGGCUUCCUGGUGAGCAGCAGGAAGUCAGCACGGCUGCACAGUCAGAGCAAGAAGGAGCGGAGGAGGAGAGCACAGUGAGGGAUGAAGCUGCGACUUCACUGCCUGAGGGGGAGCUGGAGGAAGGGGCCUCGCCUGGACAGCAGGGGGAUAAAGAAGAAGAGGAAGAGCAGGGAAGGGAACCUGUUCCACUGCCUGAGGAGGAGAGCAAGCAGGGAGAGGGGGCAACCCACCGUGAGUCAGACUCUGAGCCCCCUACAGCAGCAGAGGCAAAUGGAGGGGCUGCUGCUGCUGCUGUUGCUGCUGUACAGGCUCCCUCUGAGGAAGGGGCCCCACUACAGGAAGACUCCACCCCAGGAGCCCAGCAGGAGGCCACAGAGGAAGGAGAAACAAGCUGCAAACCCUGCUCCUGCCCGCCUCUCGUUUCUAACUGCUACUCCCAAGGUCCCUCACGACGUAAGACCCGGCCCUGCUCCCUGCCGGUGUCGGAGCUGGAGACGGUGAUCGCCUCGGCCUGCGGGGAGCCGGAGACGCCGCGGUCCCACUACAUCCGCAUUCACCACCUCCUGCACAGCCUCCCCUCAGCCAGACCCCCCAGCCAGGAGGAGGAGGGGGAGCUGAUAAACACCACUGUGGACUCCAACGCUACGUCCCCAACCCUGAAAAGCUCCAAAGAGGAGGAGGGGCAGGAGGAAGAGGAAGAAGAGGAGGAUACAACACAAUCUCCAUCUCAGGUCCCAGAGUGCCCAGGCCCGUGCUGCCGGCGCUCUCUGCCCCGCAGCCUUUCCAUUGAGCGCCUGUCGGAGCUGAACCAGCUCCUGGAAGGUGAAGGAGGACGGGGGGGAAGACCAGUAGUGAGAAGGAUCUCUCCAUCCUGCCCAGAUAGUGAGGAGGGGGAUUCCAGUGUUGGAGGAGGGCGCAGGGUUUGUGGCAGCACCCACAAACCUCCAGGUGAAAACGAGUGUGAGUUCUGUGACACGUCCUGCUACAGCACCUCCUGCUACAGCACGUCCUGUUACAGCACGUCCUGCUACAGCAACUCAGGCUACGAGGGGAGGGGCCGCGUCUGUAGCCACAACCGCCUGUCCUCAGUUGACAGCAACCGGCUCUCGGGCAGCACCGUCUUCUCGUCCCAGGAUGAAGAGGAAGAUGAGGAGAGCGCCUUUGAAUCUGUCCCGGACCCCGUCCAGCAUGAGGGCCAGGAUGUGGGCGGGGCAGGGGGCGAGAGGAGGACGAGCAGAUGGAAGGAGGCUAGAAGAGGGGAGCAGGGAGAGCCAGCGACGGCUGGGCCCAGUGACAAAAACUGUAUCGGCUCAGACCUCUCCCCUCCUGUUGGCCAUCUUCCAGUACUGCGACCCAGCCAUGACCCAAACCAUUUUCCUGCUGCCACUGACCAAGCCUUGCCUCCAAACUGGGAAGCCCGUGUCGACAGCCAUGGCAGAGUGUUCUACGUGGAUCAUGUCAACAGGACCACAACGUGGCAGAGACCAAGCCAUAGUGGCAAGUGCAACCAUGGCAUCCCUCGCUCUGGGUCUACCCAGCAGAUGGAGCAGCUCAACCGGAGGUACCAAAACAUCCAGAGGACCAUGGCCACAGAGGAGGAUGGUGGGAGUCGGAGUUCAGACGGUGAAUCUGAGCCUGCUCAGACAGGCCCCUCCUCCCCUGUCAAUCAUCAGAAGAUCACAUUUCUGCUUCAGUCGCCCGCUGUCAAGUUCAUCACACACCCUGAGUUCUUUACUGUGUUGCACAGCAACUAUGCAGCUUACCGGAUGUUCACCACCAGCAGCUGUGUGAAGCACAUGAUCCUGAAGGUGCGUCGUGAUGCCAGGAACUUUGAGCGCUAUCAGCAUAACAGGGACCUGGUGGUCUUCCUUAACAAGUUUGCAGACACACAGCUGGAGCUGCCAAGAGGCUGGGAAAUCAAGACUGACCCCCAGGGAAAGUCUUUCUUUGUGGAUCACAACAGCCGAGCCACCACCUUUAUCGACCCCCGGAUCCCGCUCCAGAACGGCCGACUGCCAGGCCACCUUGCCCACAGACAGCACCUGCAGAGACUCCGUAGCUACAGUGCAGGAGAGGCCUCUGAAGUGUCCAGGAGCCGUGGGGCUUCUCUGACGACCCGGCCCGGUAACAGUCUGGUAGCGGCCAUACGCAGCCACCAUCAAACUGAAUCGCAGCAGCUGACCGCUCUCUCUUACAAUGACAAGAUAGUGGCGUUCCUGCGUCAGUCCAACAUAUUUGACAUGUUGCAGGAGCGACAGCCAAGUCUAAGCAGAAACCAUGCACUAAGAGAAAAGAUCCACUACAUCCGGACAGAAGGUACUCAGGGUGUGGAGAAGCUGUCUUGUGAUGCAGACCUUGUUAUCCUGUUAAGUUUAUUUGAAGAGGAAAUCAUGUCGUACAUCCCCCCUCAUCCCAUCCAUCCCGGCUUCGGCUUCUCCCCUCGCUGUUCGCCUGCCUCGUCCCCACAGAACUCUCCUGGCCUGCAAAGAGCCAGGGCCCCAGCUCCGUACCGCAGAGAUUUUGAAGCCAAACUUCGAAACUUCUACCGGAAGCUAGAGGCUAAAGGCUACGGCCAGGGCCCGGGCAAGAUCAAGCUGCUGAUCCGGAGAGAACACCUGCUGGAGGGAACCUUUAACCAAGUGAUGACGUAUUCCCGCAAAGAGCUGCAGAGGAACAAACUCUAUGUCACCUUCCUUGGGGAGGAGGGGCUAGAUUACAGUGGUCCGUCCAGGGAGUUUUUCUUCCUGCUGUCCCAGGAGCUCUUUAAUCCGUACUACGGGCUGUUCGAGUACUCAGCCAAUGACACAUACACCGUUCAGAUUAGUCCCAUGUCAGCUUUUGUCGAAAACCAUCUGGAAUGGUUCCGUUUCAGUGGCCGUAUUCUGGGCCUGGCUCUGAUCCAUCAGUACCUGCUGGACGCCUUCUUCACCAGACCCUUCUACAAGGCUCUGCUCAGACUGCCCACAGACUUGUCUGAUCUGGAGUACCUGGAUGAGGAGUUCCAUCAAUCUCUCCAGUGGAUGAAAGACAACGACAUUACUGAUAUCUUGGACCUCACCUUCACUGUGAAUGAGGAAGUUUUUGGCCAGGUAACAGAGCGGGAGCUGAAGUCAGGGGGCUCCCACCUUCAGGUGACGGAAAAGAACAAGAAGGAUUACAUAGAGAGAAUGGCAAAGUGGAGAGUGGAGAGGGGAGUGGUGCAGCAGACAGAGGCGCUGGUUAGAGGUUUCUAUGAGGUGGUAGACUCCAGGCUAGUGUCAGUGUUUGAUGCGCGGGAGCUGGAGCUGGUCAUCGCUGGGACAGUGGAGAUUGAUCUCAGUGACUGGAGGAGCCACACGGAGUACAGAGGAGGUUACCAUGACAGCCACAUAGUGAUGCGCUGGUUCUGGGCAGCAGUGGAGAGGUUCACCAACGAGCAACGCCUCCGCCUGCUGCAGUUUGUCACCGGGACAUCCAGCGUCCCAUACGAAGGCUUUGCAGCCCUGAGGGGCUCCAAUGGCCUCCGACGCUUCUGCAUUGAGAAGUGGGGCAAAGUCACAUCUCUACCCAGGGCUCACACCUGUUUCAACCGCCUCGACCUGCCUCCUUAUCCAUCAUACACCACGCUGUAUGAGAAACUGCUCAUCGCUGUGGAGGAAACAAGCACUUUUGGCCUGGAGUGACCCAUAGAAGUCAAACAGUGUGCCCCCUCUCUGUGUACCGCUGGCUCGGUCCGGAAGCUGAAGGAAGAAAAGCGGCCCAUGCUGGCUGCGGUCUUGUAAAGAUUUGUGAGGUGUAACAGGAGUUUUGUGAUGUGGAUCUAUGUACGUCACUGUUAGGGUUCUUCGUGUUAGUCUAUCAGUUCAGUAGGAGGACGUUCCUGACUGCAGCCACGGGACGUCACAGCAGGACCACAGGUCUGUGUAUGCAAGAGGGAAUGAGACACCUCACUGGCUGUUUAUAUGACAUUCACUCAGUCCAUAUUUUCCCAGUGAGUAGCUUUGUACAGGGGAAUCAGAAAUUUUUAUUUGCAUGAACCAAAAUGCAAAGCACCAAAAUACUCACGGGAACAAACAAUGGUGUGAAAAACAGGAGGAGAGCAUGUAUAUAUCUCUAAAAACUAUCAUCAGAGGCCUCAGACAAGCCUUUUACAAAUCUGAGAUUGUUGACAUUGCCAUACAAUGUGUUUGAAUGUAUCUUUAAUAUUCAGAAAAUUUGAUAAUAAAUUAUAAUAAAUUAUUAAUAAUUUUAUGGUUUGAAAAAUAUAUCAGAGGGUAGGAAAAAAAGCUGAAAAGAAAAAUAUAAAGAAAAAAUGUCAAGAUUCCUCUUCAUAUCAACAUCUCCGAUCAGAUUUUACUGAACAAAUGCUUAAUAUAAAAAAGGAAAGAAUACUGAACACUAAUAACAGAUUGCAAAUGUUAUUGCAAUGUCCACAUACUGUUGAACCGGGGCAAGCUUCAGUUGUUGUUCCUUGGUGAAAAUAUACUGCAAACAGGAACCGAGGUGGAAAACUGGAACCAUUUCUCUAUCCUAGCAGUAGAAGAUGUAAACUUCAGGCUAUCAUAUAUGCAGAGCUUCGGAUUUCACUUAUAAAAAGACAUUCAUUUUACUCUGAUAUUGCACAGCAGAGAUAAUGCACUUAGCAGUGUAAUGAAUAUUCCUUCAGCAUCAUACUGACUAGAGGUAUUUAUAGUGCCCCUGAGUUUACUUAGAGUCUGGUUAAGGUGUACGUCGCUACAUAUUCUAAAUAAAAGGAACUAAUUAGUUUAGAAUUCCAAAUAAAUAUAUUAUUUUCUUAAAAAAACUGGGGUGGAAAUUAAUUCAUCCUGAAAGGCGCUUUAAACAUGAAGAAAAAUCCAUCCUAAAAUAAAUCCCUGGAAAACUGGGAUUACCCUAACAGACCUUCUCCCUAGUUCUGCUCCCAGUUAGCGAUCAAAUGUUGGUUUUAAGUCUUGUCAGUAUGCUAAGAGGUUCAGUGCAACAGCCAAUAACACCAGAAGGAGCAACAUCCUAGACAGACAUGAAUAUAUGACACAGAACAGUCUUACUGAGUGACAUACAUCAAAAGGCCAAAUCCUGGUACAUGGACGUUCAUAUACGUCUAAAUGCAGGAAAACACAUUUUAAAUUAGAAGCAUAAAUCCAUAUUUUCUCUGAUCUCACUCAAGACUCUUAAAAGAAUCCUGAACAUGCCCUGCUCUCUCUGCUCUCAGAUUUGAUUUCCUCUCAGAUUUGAACCCUCUCUUCUGGUUCACACUUAUAGUCAUCCAUCUGCUCCUAUUAUGUCAGAAAUGGAUGCCCAUUCAGGAAAAGGCUUUUUUACAUCGUCUGUUAUAGUUGGUCUUCAUGGAUGGUUACGAACCCAACUUAUACACCCACUGUUGAAGCUCAUGUGCUGAACAGGUGUCAAGCAGGAAGAUCUAUAUCUGAACACGCAGCUUCUGGUUCUGGAUCAUCUUUGUUGGUUCCGUCUAAAUAGGGAGCAGUAAUAUUAUGUCCUCUGCAACGGUCCUCCUCUAAGGGGCCAUGAUAUCAUGUCUCUUAUCAAUAAAAGCAGCCAUCACUUCCAACUAAAGGGCUUCUGAGACCUUCUAUAGAAUCUCGGGGGAUCACAUCAUCCAAGUAAGCAGAUGGCUGUGAAUGUUCCUAUGCACCAUCCCAAGCUGUCUCUGGGAACAUCAGAAACCAUGAACAAGAAGCUUCUCUGCUCUCGCUGUUUGACUGGGAACCCUUUGUAUUCACGUUAUGGUCUUCCACAGACGACUGUUUAAACUCAGACUGAUGAUGCUCACUACAUGGAGCAGGUCCUCCAACAUGUAAUUCAUAUCAGAUGUUUUGAACUCUUACAAAGCUGCAUGUGAAUGCCCAAAUGUUCAAGAUUAAUGGGCAUACUUCCUGAACUGGUCUUACCUUCUAAUCUCAACCACCAUGGACAGAGGCUUGUGGACAAACCAAUGUAAUAUAUGCAACGGCGGGGAUCUUUCCUCCAACUGUUCUGCUGAUAUUGUCUCCGAAAGUGACUGACUGCGGUGUAGCCCCUGCAUUCCUCCCCAGGUUUUUGCUUACAUGUUUAUCUGAGUAAUGAAACUGUGCCUCAGUAACUUACUGCCUCAAAUGUGGUCUGGGGGGUUACUGGGUUUUCAAACCUGUCAUAACGUGCGUCUUGGUUCACAUAUUUCAUAUGCUUAUUUUGAUUGGGAGUGUCUUGUUAUUCUGCCACACAAGUCGGGUGAAUUCGACUCUAGUGAGUACUUGUUUUAUCCAUCAUGCCUGAUUAUAGCUUAAUGCUUUAAAUAUGUAAAGUUCUUGGGAACCUUCAUUAAUGGUCUCAGGAAUGAAGAGAAAGUGAACUCACCAUCCUACAGUCACAUUGCAAAGAGGGCCUGGAAAGAAAAAUGGCUUCCCUUCAGGGUCUUUUCAAGUUUCAGAUGUCCAUGUGUCAUUCGCAUCACUGAUAUUCUUCAUCUCACUGAAGUUUAUUUGAGUUGGACUUAAGUCAAUAAGUUGAAUUUGGUAAAUCUGUAGCUCUUUGUCCCCAAAAUACACUAUAUUGCCUGACGUAUUUGCUCCUUUGCCUUCACACACGUGAUUAUAAAUGGCAUUUAAAACUAAAAUGGCUUCAUUGUUUCUGGGAAGGAUUUCCUCAAUGUUCGUACUGAGUUUAUGUGAUAUGUUCAUAUUUAACUAUCCUUCCAGAUGAGCUAUUGUAAGGUUAGACACUGCUGUUGGACAACAAGGGUCGAGUCUCUGGUCUAACUCGUCCCAAGUGGUUUGAAUGGAUUUUGGUUGGGACUCUGUGCAGGACGGUCCAGUUGCUCUGUGCACUUGCGUGCUGUAAUGUUGGAUAAGAAAGGGCCAUCUGGUUCACACAAAGUUGGAAGCAUCACAUUUUCCAAAAUAUCUUGCUGUCUUGAAGCAUUACGAGUUUCUCUCACUGGAGCUAAGAGACUGAGCCCAACUCUU